CCGACCACUGGCCCUACCACGUCUCAACCGACCCACCAACAAUCGCCCGAACCACAAGUUCCCAUCAAUUUAUCUUCAUCCCGAUCGACAGCCGUCCCGAUCAUAGAACAAUCAUCUAUGGUCCGGACCACCGAUCGACUAGCCAUAGUCCCGAUUACCACACAACCGACCCACAGACAAUCAGAGGCACACCGACCAGGCGAAUCGAUGGGCAGGGUACCUCCUCCCCCAACGUCGGAUAUCGUUGCGGUGAUGCCCGACCAACUUGUUGUCCUCCCCGACCAAGUUGCGGAACCUCAACAAGUAAGCGCUAAACCUUCCUUCAACAACAUCCUCCUGAUAAAACUUAUGAUACCUAAAACAUAUUUGGUCCAGGCUCCUAUUGAAGAUGUGGUAGUGCCCGACCCCGACCAGGUCGUGGCUUUACCCGACCCGCUUGUUCAGCAAGUUGAUGAGGUUCCUAUUGUUGGUCCCGAACCAGUCCAACCCGAACCAGUCCAACCACCCGAUGAAGUAGAGGAAAUUUCCUCCUCAAGAUCGGGUGAAGCUUCUGUUAAUUUUGCCCCGCUGAAUCCGGUUGGUACCCUUUCUCAUCCAUUUUCGGAUUUUAUUUUUGCCCAUCCAACGGUGACGAAAACUUUUAUCUUCUGUUCAGGGUAUGGAUUUAGCAGCCGCCCAACAACUUCCACCAGGGGAUGAAUCAGUUGCUGGUCCGAUUACCCGACCAGUCAACCCCUCAA